CUGACCUUCGUCCGUUUUGAAUCCAGGUUCAGACAAAGCAGGGUUUGGAGGAUUCAGCCUCCAGCUCCUCCUCUGAUGCAUCGUUUGCAUCAGUACUUGGGGAUACUUGUCCGCGCGCUGCCGCACCUCCCCACAGUGCUUCCACUGACUCCACUUAACCAGGUGAUGACAGACAAAGGCAGAAGAGUAAAAUGAUCUGAGCUCAGUCGGAAUUAACGUAGAAUGGAGACGCGCCCGAGUCACUGUCUUUUCUUCAUUUUCUCUCAGUGGAUUUUGAUCUUCACCAUAACUUACAUCCUGGGUGGAACAAAAGCGGAGAUCAGGUGCAUCCCUUCGUGCCAGCUGCCGCACAUCAGCUCAUUUUCCGCAGAAUUGCCAGACCUGGAUUUGGCUCAUUUGGAAGAAACCUCUGGUGAAUUUGUUGGAUUUAGCGAGCGCACGCCACCGGGUGCCGAACCCACCGACGGCGGGGACGAGACGCACAAGGUUGGAGGAUUUACAGAGAGCGAGGAAAGUUCGCCCAAAGUCCACACAGACUGCCUCCACAAAGGCUCGUCUAACGAUCAGAUAAAAACUUUUCAAACCACUACCAGUGACGGGGAUUUAAGCUAUGAUGGAAACAAUUGCAGUUUUUAUGAGGGAACUGAGGCUCAAAUCUCGAGAAACGUUGAGAACAUUGCGCGCAGCUGGAGCCCAAGGCGAUCUGCGCGAAACGCAAAGAGCGCGGAGACCUGGUCCGGAUUCAGACCCGAAGGUGGCGAGGAUGCUUUAUUUUCAGGCCAGGAGGAGUUUCGGCUGACAAGUUCCACGUUCGCUCUGAGCGGGGACACGGCGCACAACCAGGCCAUGGUGCACUGGUCAGGACAGAACAGCAGCGUGAUCCUCAUGCUGACAAAAUACUACGAUUUCAACUCUGGCAGAGUAACAGAGAGUUCCUUAUGGAGGUCAACUGAUUACGGGACCACUUAUGAGAAGCUUAAUGAAAAAGUUGGGCCGAAAACAAUCCUGAGCUACUUGUACGUGAGUCCGAACAACAAAAGAAAGAUCAUGUUGCUGACUGACCCAGAGGUAGAGAACAGCCUGCUCAUCAGCCUCGACGAGGGGGCGUCCUAUCAUAAACACAGCUUGGCCUUUGACAUUCUCAGCCUUCUAUUCCACCCUGAGCAGGAGGACUGGAUCCUGGCUUACAGCCAUGACCAAAAGCUGUACGUCUCUGUUGAAUUUGGGAGGAGAUGGCAGCUCGUGCACGACAACGUCGUCCCCAACAGGUUCUACUGGUCCAGACUGGGUUUAGAUAAGGACCAGGAAAUGAUCCACUUGGAGAUCAGCGUCUCUGAUGGACGGUCACAAUACAUAACUUGUAAACUGCAGAAUUGCUCAGAUGGAAACAAGGGCAAGCCUUUCCCUGGAUUUAUCACCCCUAAUUCACUGGUGGUUCAGGAUGAAUACGUUUUCAUCCAGGUGCCAAUAGGUGGCAAAUCUGUCCAUUAUGUGUCCUAUAAAAGAAACACUUUCUACUCAAUGAAGCUUCCCAAGUACACCCUGCCAAAGGACUUGCAGAUUAUCAGCACGGAUGAUAACCAGGUUGUGACAGCUAUCCAGGACUGGCACCAGAAUGAUUCCUAUAACCUGUACAUGUCUGAGUCCCGAGGCUUGUUCUUCACCCUGAUGCUGGAUAAUGUUGUCAGCAGCGGAGGACCUGAGGGGAACAUCAUGAUAGACUUGUACGAGGUAGCUGGGAUUAAAGGAGUUUUCCUGUCAAAUAAAGUUAUUGAGAACCAAGUGAAAACUUAUAUCACGUACAACAAGGGGAGAGACUGGCGUCUUCUACAGGCUCCGCCAACCGAUCUCCAAGGAAACAAGGUGGAUUGUGAAAGGCCGUACUGCUCGCUGCACCUGCACCUCCAUGUGUCAGAGAAUCCUUACACCUCUGGAAAUAUUGUCAGCAAAGAUUCAGCUCCAGGAAUUAUAAUAGCAUCAGGUGUGGUGGGACCUGAACUGACCACAACAAAUGUCAGUAUUUUCAUCACUUCUGAUGCUGGAAACACCUGGAGCGAGAUUUUUGAAGAAGAGUACAGUGUGUUUUUCCUGAAUCAAGGAGGAUCUCUGGUGGCCAUCCGGCACACACCUCUGCCAAUCAGACACAUUUGGCUGAGUUUUGAUGAGGGCAAAAACUGGGACAAAUACAGCUUCACCUCCUAUCCGCUCUACGUCGACGGUGUAUUGGGGGAACCCAGAGAAGACACUCUCAUAAUGACAAUAUUUGGUCAUUUCAGCCAUCGAUCUGAGUGGCAGCUUGUCAAAAUCGAUUUUCGGUCCAUUUUCGAACAUCGCUGCACAUCUGAAGAUUAUCUCACGUGGCAGUUACACAAUGAAGGUGAAGUGUGCAUCAUGGGGAUGAAGAGAAUCUUCCAAAAACUAAAAGCAAGCGCCCGAUGUGUCAAGAUCAGAGAUCAAAUUAUGUCCCAGAUGUCAGACUCCUGCCCGUGCACAGAGGCUGAUUUUGAGUGUGACUACGGUUUUGAGCGGCAGAGCGACGGAAGCUGCACACCGGUGUUCUGGUUCGUUCCUUCAGCAACAUUGAGGGACUGUAUCGCCGGGGACAGCUUCCUCAACACAACAGGAUAUCGCAGAGCUUUCUCCAACAACUGCACUGAAGGAACCCUGCUAAAUUUCAGCCCCAGACGACAGAAGUGUCCCAGUCGGGCGCCCAGGGGCCUCCAGCUCUUCACCAGUGACAUCACCAUGGUUGCCACAUUGGGAAAGAAUGUCACCUUUGUAGUCUUCCUGGAAGAGGGUCUCAGCUCCACAACCAGUAUAACACUGGAUUUUGGUGAUGGGACGGCUAUAUCUUACGUGAACAUGAGCUCCAUCGAUGAUGGUAUCAAGCAUAUCUACAGUAAAGUGGGUAUCUACCAAGUGUCUGCUACAGCGAGCAACGCUCUGGGGUUCGACAGGGUGACCCUUUUCCUCCAUGUUUCCUGUCAGCUUGAAGAGGUCCAGCUCUUGGCUCCCUCUGUGGUCGUCCUGAAUAAAGCAGUAAACCUCACAACUCUGUUACGACCCAGCAGUGUGGGAACCGUCACUUAUUACUGGUGGUUUGAUAACAAAACAGAGCCUGUGGUCACCUUGCACGGAGGUAUGUCCUACAGCUUCUCCAAGCAGGGACGUCACACCGUCACUGUGCAUGCUGCAGUCGGGAAUACUGUCCUGCAGGACCAAGGGACUGUGGAUGUUUAUGAUUAUUUCCUGUCACACACAUUGGGUUUUUCUUCGAAUCUGGAUGAGUUGAACCCCGGUGUGUCUGAGUGGAGGGAGGACAUUUGUAGAGUGGUGAAGACCUCCAUAGUGCAGGUCACGGGAAUCAGUGAGGAGCAGCUUCUGGUGUCAGUGCUUCCAGGUUUGCCAACUACGGCAGAGCUUUUCAUUGUGCCUGAGAAGAAGACAAGAGGCGGAGGUUUGGAUGAAAAGUGGGCUCACCUAAAUCAGCUUUCUCAAGUCCUGCUAAGUGCUCUGAACCAGGACCUCAUCCAGUUCACACUCAGACCAGGGGUGCAGGUGAACGUGUACGUCACACGCCUGUCUCCAGCUCCACUUGUGGACAACAAUGACAGCGGCCACAAUGGUACUGCAGUCAUCAUGCUUGUGUCAGCGGUACUGAUGGGCUUGGCCAUAUUUGUGAUAUAUAAAAUUAAAAGGAAGAUGCCGAACAUCAACACUUACACAGCAGAGCAGCCUGACAAAGAACAAGAGGUCAUCCCAACAGUGACUUCUAUAGCCGUACCAAACCCCGACGGGGACAACCUGAACUCGCUGGAUCGUGUUGAUGUACAGCUGGACCCACAAACCAGAGGCUACCUGCCGACUCACACAGACAUCACGCUCUCCGAUGAAGCGCCCCGUGUAUUUUAAUGUUGAGAGUCUAUGACCGACUCGAAAGCAAUACAUCUUCUUUGGCAGUUACUUCCAGCAAGCUAUGAAACCACGGUCACAAUGAACGGUCUCGAGUGUUUUGCUACCAUGCAUGGAUGGACCAGUUCACACUGUGCUGCCUAAUCCCUCUGAGGAGACUGUACAGAUUUCUACUUGCUUCUUGAAAAAGGGACACUUUUUGACUGAAAAUACUUGUAUUUUUGCAAGGACGUUGAUCUUUUUAUGUAAAUAUUGUACAUCCAUAAUGGAAGACGGUGUAAGUUAUUUGUCUCUAGAAAUAUCAAACGACAGAACAGAGGCGAUGUGUUAUUAUUAUUAUUAAUAAUAUCUCCAAAAUAUGAUCCCGUUUUGGUUUUUGCGGUUGUGUUUGUGAAGUUUACUUUGUUUCACCUAUGUGGAAAUAUCUGAUCCCAGUAAGACAGUGAUGGAACCAGAUUCAUUAAGCCUUGUAUAAUCAGUAAAUCUUAUCACAUGAGAUUCUCAUCAAGUGAACGCUCGCAAUAUCCAGGAGAUGAAGGAGGGCUCCUAGUCCCUGGUCUGUGUAUUCCAUCAAGCCUGUCUGUUUCCAGCUCAAAAUGUGAUGUAUGCCAUUUCAGAAAUAACCGAUGAUUAAAGUGGAUGUGCUCCACGGGUGUACACACAAGCAGAUGAACCAAAUCCCUUUUGUUUGGGGAAGUGGAAUGAACGCUAUCUACAAAAAAAAAAAAAAAAAGUGAUUUUACACAAGUCCUUCAUCUUGUAUAAACUGCACAUCUGGAAAAUGAUUAGAGAUCCAAUCUUGAGGUUGCUGCUGGCAACAGAUU